AUGGCAUCCGUCAAUUUCUCCCCCGAUACCGACAUCCCCAGUCUCAAUGGCAAAGUCAUCCUCAUCACUGGAGGAAACUCGGGACUGGGCCUGGAAAGCACGCGUCAACUCCUGAAACACGACCCUGCCAAGAUUUUCCUCGCAUGCCGCUCCAAAGCAAAAUACGAACAAGCCAUCGCCGAGCUGCAAGAGCAAGGCUCAAAGACCGACGCCGUAUCUUUCCUUUCCCUGAAUCUUGCCUCACUUGAGAGCAUCAAAUCUGCUGUCAAAGAAUUCCAGCAGGAAUCCACUCGCCUAGACGUUCUCCUCAACAAUGCCGGUAUCAUGAUGACGCCCGAAGGCCUCACUGAGGAAGGAUAUGAGAUCCAGAUUGGUACCAACCACAUGGGUCACGCGUUCCUCACUCAUCUUUUACUCCCUGUUCUCGAGGAGACGACUAAGAUCAACCCUGAUGUGAGAGUUAUCUGCCUCGCCUCAAUGGGCGAAGCCAUGGCACCCAAGAACCCUUAUCAGUUCGAGCAAUUCAAAACCACCAUGUCCAACUUUUCAACCUCAGCCCGCUACUAUAUCUCAAAGCUCGCCAACGUUCAUUACGCUGCAGCCCUUGCCGAGCGACAUCCCAGCUUGAAGAUCAUCAGCAUUCACCCCGGAAUUGUGCAGACGAACCUGACUGGUCCAGCUGUCAGCAACAGUCUCAUCAUGGGAACCCUCACUCGACUGUUCUUCAGUGUAGCCGGCGUCAACUCAAGCAAAGGUGCUCUGAAUCAGCUGUGGGCUCUCUCUGAUCCCAAGGCUGAGAGUGGUGUUUUCUAUCACCCUGUUGGCGUCACGGGUAAGGGAAGCAAGUUGAGCCAAGACAAGGAUGCUAGGGAAAGCCUUUGGGAAUGGACACAGAAGGAGAUCAAGCAACACCUGUCUUAA